CCCUCUUCCCCAUCGAAGCGCUUCCCAAAUUGCGAGAAACGGUUCUGCUCUCCGAACCUGCGAACCUGAGUCUUGUUCGUUGAAAAUUUCGAGUACUUCUCUGUCUGAAAGAGCUCGAACACGCUCCAUUGCCUUCCCCAUUCCCCUUCCUCGCUACAAACCCUAAACGCUUGGCUCCUCAACGCGCUUCGGGGAUCAGGUGACUUAGCUUUCGCUUUGGACUUGUUUUUGCCCUAGACCUCUCCCAUUCCAUUCCGUUCAACGCUAUUGAAAAUGGGGAGUGAUGACAGUCUAAAGACAUGGGUAUCGGAUAAGUUGAUGUCAUUGCUGGGAUAUUCUCAGCCCACAGUUGUACAGUACAUGAUUGGGCUAUCCAAGCAAGCUACCUCACCAACCGAUUUGGUGGGAAAACUUGCAGAUUUUGGGGUCUCGUCUACAGAUAUUCAUUCAUUUGCUGAAGAAAUUUAUUCGAGAGUUCCUCGUAAAUCAUCGGGCUUAAAUCAAUAUCAGAGACAAGAGAGACAAGCUGCAAUGUUGGUGAGGAAGCAGAAGUCUUACACAAUUUUGAAGGCUGAUGAGAAUAGUGACGAUGACUAUGUUGGUGGUGAAGAUAAAUCUUCCAUAACUACUGCUACGUCCAGAAAGGUAGACAGUCAUAAGAAACGUUUCAGGAAGAAAACUGAAAUUCAAGAUGAUCAAGAUGAUGAGGUAAUUUCAAGAAAGGAAAGGGAGAGACAAGUUAAGAGACGAACUUCCCCUGAUAAAGAUAGUGGUUCAGAGUCAGAAGAAGAAAGAUUGAAAGAUCAAAGAGAGAAGGAGGAAUUAGAGCAACAUAUGAAAGAAAGAGAUGCAGCAGGAACACGGAAGCUGACUGAACCAAAAUUAACACGGAAGGAGGAAGAAGAGGCAAUUCGAAGAUCUAAUGCUGCAGAGCAGGAUGAUAUUCAAGCAUUGAGAAAGGUUUCAAGGCAAGAAUACUUGAAGAAAAGGGAGGAAAAAAAAAUAGAGGAACUCAGAGAUGAUAUAGAAGAUGAGCAAUAUCUAUUCGGAGGUGUGAAGCUUUCAGAAACAGAAUAUAGAGAGCUUAGGUACAAGAAAGAGAUAUUUGAACUUGCGAAGCGGUCAGAGGAGACUGACAAUGUGAAUGAGUAUAGAAUGCCAGAUGCUUAUGAUCAGGAAGGUGGUGUUAAUCAAGAGAAGCGAUUUUCUGUGGCUAUGCAGCGUUACAGAGAUCCAGGUGCUGAGGAUAAGAUGAAUCCAUUUGCUGAACAAGAGGCAUGGGAGGAACAUCAAAUUGGAAAGGCAACGCUGAAGUUUGGUUCAAAAAAUAAAAGACAAGAUUCUGAUGACUAUCAGUUUGUGUUUGAGGACCAGAUUGAUUUUAUCAAGGAAUCAGUGAUGGACGGAGAUAAGUUUGAUUAUGAAGAGAUGGAAGAUUCACUUGAAAAGUCCAGAGCAAAGUCAGCUUCAGAUGCUCUUCAGGAGGAGAGGAAAAAGUUACCCAUUUACCCUUAUCGGGAUGAAUUGCUCCAAGCUAUUAAUGAUCAUCAGGUACUUGUAAUUGUUGGUGAAACUGGUUCUGGAAAAACUACACAGAUUCCCCAAUAUCUUCAUGAAGCUGGCUACACAAAACGUGGGAUGAUUGCAUGUACUCAGCCACGGCGUGUUGCUGCUAUGAGCGUUGCUGCUCGAGUUUCUCAAGAACUGGCUGUAAAACUAGGACAUGAGGUUGGUUAUUCGAUUCGUUUUGAGGACUGCACAUCAGAGAAGACUAUACUGAAAUAUAUGACAGAUGGAAUGUUACUGAGGGAAUUCCUUGGUGAGCCUGAUCUGGCAAGUUAUAGUGUUGUGAUGGUGGAUGAGGCUCACGAAAGAACUCUCUCAACUGAUAUUUUGUUUGGAUUAGUAAAGGAUAUAUCUCGUUUCCGGCCUGAUCUUAAGUUGCUGAUAUCAAGUGCUACACUUGAUGCAGAGAAGUUCAGUGACUACUUUGAUACUGCUCCAAUAUUCAAAAUUCCAGGUCGACGGUAUCCUGUUGAAAUAAACUUUACCAAAGCACCGGAAGCUGACUACUUAGAUGCGGCUAUUGUAACGUCACUUCAAAUCCAUGUCACUCAACCUCCCGGAGAUAUAUUGGUAUUCCUUACUGGUCAAGAAGAAAUUGAAACGGCUGAAGAAAUCUUGAAGCAUCGAACUAGAGGCUUGGGGACUAAAAUUGCUGAGUUAAUAAUAUGCCCUAUAUAUGCUAACCUACCAACUGAGCUACAAGCUAAAAUAUUUGAACCUACUCCUGAAGGGGCACGAAAGGUUGUCCUUGCUACUAAUAUUGCAGAAACAUCAUUGACAAUUGAUGGGAUCAAGUAUGUCAUUGAUCCAGGAUUCUGUAAGAUGAAAAGUUAUAAUCCAAGAACAGGAAUGGAGUCCUUGUCAAUAACUCCCAUCUCAAAAGCUUCAGCAAUGCAGAGAGCUGGUCGUUCUGGAAGAACAGGUCCUGGAAAGUGCUUCCGAUUAUAUACGGCAUACAAUUUUCACAAUGAUUUGGAUGAUAAUACUGUACCAGAAAUACAGCGGACUAAUCUUGCAAAUGUAGUUUUGACUUUAAAAAGUCUUGGUAUUCAUGACUUGAUGCACUUUGAUUUUAUGGAUCCUCCACCUGCUGAGGCCUUAUUGAAAGCUCUGGAGCUUCUAUUUGCAUUAAGUGCAUUAAAUAAGGUUGGUGAGUUAACUAAGGUAGGUAGACGGAUGGCAGAGUUCCCAGUUGAUCCUAUGUUGUCAAAAAUGAUAGUGGCUUCAGAAAAGUACAACUGUUCUGACGAGAUCAUUUCUAUUGCUGCUAUGCUUUCUAUUGGCAACUCAAUAUUUUACCGUCCAAAGGAUAAACAAGUACAUGCAGACAAUGCAAGGUUGAAUUUUCACACUGGAAAUGUUGGAGAUCAUAUUGCAUUGCUAAAGGUUUACAGUUCAUGGAUGGAAACCAAUUAUUCAACGCAAUGGUGUUAUGAAAAUUAUAUACAGGUAAGGAGUAUGAAACGGGCUAGGGAUAUACGUGAUCAACUUGCAGGUCUUUUGGAGAGGGUUGAGAUUGAGCUAAGUUCAAAUUCUAAUGAUUUAGAUGCCAUCAAGAAAUCCAUAACAUCUGGAUUUUUCCCACACUCUGCACGACUUCAAAAGAAUGGAUUAUAUCGGACUGUUAAAUAUCAACAGACUGUCCACAUACAUCCUAGUUCUGGGCUGGCACAGGUUCUUCCUAGAUGGGUUGUAUACCAUGAACUAGUACUCACAACCAAGGAAUAUAUGAGACAGGUCACGGAAUUAAAGCCAGAGUGGUUGGUGGAGAUAGCCCCCCACUAUUACCAGCUUAAAGAUGUUGAAGACUCGGCCUCCAAGAAAAUGCCUCGCGGAGUAGGACGUGCAUAGUAGGAUAAGCAGCAGGCACAUCUUCACAAAUGCUUUGGGAGGAGGAAGUACAUUCGUGGGAAGGUGGUUUUGUUGGAGAGAAAAAAUGUCGCCCUUAGGCUUGGGAGAAGAUGCACUGUGGAUAUUCUUUUAUUGCUGUACAUCUAAACUAUAGCAUGUAUUCUGUAUAUUUAGACGUUGAAAUUAACCUUGACUGUAGUAACCCUUGCAUCCCUUGGUGAGUGGUGGCUUGAUAGUUUAGGGGGAAAUGAUUUGUAUGAUGUCAUUCACUGACAGAAAAUUUGUCUUUUUAGUCUUCUGUUUCAAUUUUAGUGACGAGUAGCAUCUGAUUUAAUUUUAUAUUAUUGCUAGUUUAAUAUUGUAUAAAUUGCUCAGGAGAUACUCUGCUUUAAUGCAGAAAUGA